AGAAGUCGCCUUCCACUCUCUUCCUCUCUGACAUUCCACCUCUGCACCAUUUCCUCACUGCUGGGGUGAAAUUACGAAUCUGCCCUCGCACAGUUCUACCAAACCCACCGCCUAUAAUUCCCCAGUUUCCUCCGCCAGGAAUUCUACGGAGUUCCGUUGUCGACAACUCACCCGAAAAGACAAAUUUGCUGUUCUAACUUCGCCUGCUGUCUGUCUCUUGCAGCUCUCUGUCGUCUUCCAUCACAUGGGCGUUUAAUUUCGCCGAAGGAGGUGAAUUUAUUGCAGAUUAAUUUUUGUAAUUUGUAAAUACAAUGCCUGGAAUUGUCAGUGACGAGAUUCAGGAAGAUGGGGUAGUGAAUGAGGUGACUGUGGGUGGGAAUUUGGCUCCUGGUAAGGUGAAUUCGCCGCCGGAGCAAUUCGCCGCCGGCAGGGAGGGGGCGGCGGUGGUGGUGGUGGAGGAGGCUUCCAUUGAGCAGCUCUAUGAGAAUGUGUGUGAGAUGCAGAGCUCCGAUCACUCCCCGUCGAGGCGGAGCUAUGGAUCCGAUGGCGAAGAGUCUCGGAUUGAUUCGGAGCUCCGGCAUCUCGUCGGAGGAGAGAUGAGGGAAGUCGAGAUUAUCGAGGAGGAUGAAGAGGUCACAAAGCCGGAGAACAAUUCUGGCGGCGAUCACAGCGACGUCGGUUCAAAGAAAGAGAAAAUUGCGAAAAAAGUUGAGCCGGAGGCGUCUUCGAAGCAGAAUUCGAAGAGUAAAGCGAAAACAACGGUGAAAAAUGGUAGAAGAAGUUUGGCGAAGAAGUAUAGGAAUGGAACGGCGGGUCCGGCAGAAGCCGGGUCGGAUAGCCCCGACCUCGGCCCGUUUCUGCUGAAGCAAGCUCGGGAUUUAAUGUCGUCGGGGGAUAACCCACGGCGCGCUCUUGAUUUGUCGAUCCGUGCGGCGAAGUCAUUCGAGAAUUGUUCCGACGGGAAGCCGAGUUUGGACGUCGUCAUGUGUUUGCAUGUCACCGCCGCGAUCUACUGCAGCUUGGGGCAGUACGACGACGCGAUUCCCGUAUUGGAGCAUUCACUCGAAAUUCCGGCGAUCGACGAAGGACAAGAUCACGCGCUCGCCAAGUUCGCGGGUUACAUGCAGCUCGGGGAUACUUACGCCAUGUUGGGCCAGCUCGGGAAUUCAAUAACGUGCUACACGACGGGAUUAGAAAUUCAAAGAAAAGUUCUUGGCGACGACGAUUUAAGAGUCGGCGAGACUUGCCGGUACUUAGCCGAAGCACACAUUCAAGCGAUGCAGUUUGACGAAGCCCGGAAGCUUUGUCAGAUGGCUCUCGACAUACAUAAAGAGACGGGUUCUCCCGCAUCGCUCGAAGAAGUCGCGGAUAGACGGCUUAUGGGGAUGAUUUGCGAGUCGAAGGGGGACCACGAAACCGCCCUCGAGCAUCUUGUCUUAGCCAGCAUGGCGAUGGUGGCAAACGGGCAGGAAUCGGAAGUCGCGUCCGUCGACUGCAGCAUCGGGGAUACGUAUCUGUCUCUUAACCGUUACGACGAGGCGAUUUUCGCGUACCAGAAAGCGCUGUCGUCGCUCAAGUCUACGAAAGGCGAGAACCACCCCGCCGUCGCUUCGGUGUUCGUCCGUCUGGCGGAUUUGUACAACAGGACCGGGAAGUUCCGGGAUUCGAGAUCCUACUGCGAGAACGCCCUCCGAAUUUACGAGAAGCCCAUACCGGGAAUCGCUCCCGAGGAGAUCGCGAGCGGCCUCACUGACAUAUCUGCGAUUUACGAGUCAAUGGACGAGCUCGAGCAGGCGUUGAAGCUUCUGCAAAAGGCUUUGAAGAUAUACAGCGACGCGCCCGGUCAGCAAAACACGAUCGCUGGCAUCGAAGCUCAGAUGGGAGUUAUGUACUACAUGUUGGGGAACUAUUCCGAGUCGUACGCGUCGUUUAAAAGCGCGACGACGAAGCUCCGCGCGAGCGGGGAGAAGAAAUCUGCUUUCUUCGGAAUUGCGCUCAACCAAAUGGGUCUUGCUUGCGUGCAGCGGUAUGCGAUCAAUGAGGCCGUGCAAUUGUUCGAAGAAGCGAGGAGCAUUUUGGAGCAAGAAUACGGACCGUAUCACCCCGAUACACUUGGAGUUUAUAGUAACCUCGCCGGAACCUACGAUGCCGUUGGACGGUUGGACGAUGCAAUUGAGAUUUUGGAAUUUGUUGUGGGAAUGAGGGAGGAGAAACUCGGGACGGCGAAUCCGGACGUGGAUGACGAGAAGAAGAGGCUGGCGGAGCUUUUAAAAGAGGCGGGGCGGGUUAGGAGCAGGAAAAAUCGAUCGUUGGAGACGCUGCUGGAGUCGAACCAGAGGGCGGCGACGGGCGGCGGAGACGGCGGGAUCAAAGUGUGAGGGGAGGAGGCGACGGGUGUACAGUACUGAGAGAAAGAUGAAUAUUAUUUAUACAGGAUUGAUGAUUAUGAAAGGUAUUAAGAUUAUUAUUAUUAUUAAACACACGUGCUAUGCAAGAAAGAGGUUUGGAUUUGUUUGUGUAUACUUAUUUUGGUGAUGAUGAAUGUUAUUGUUGUUGUUGUUUGGUAAUUGGUAUUGUAUGGUGAUUAGGGAGAAUGUUUUGUUGAUUUGUUUGUCACACGCUAUGUAUGGUAAUUGGUAAUGGUGAAUAAAUUAUUGCUGUUAUUAUUGGGUAA